CUUCAGCUCAGUUCGGUCUUGUUUGUUUUCGUCGCGUAGUGUGGAAGAGUGCUGUCAAGCUCGACAUUGAUAUUUGAUACAAAUCUGCCGUACAAGUUCUAUUCACAAUGCCGCUCGCCAAGGAUCUGUUGAACCCCAGCAAAGAGGAAUGGAAGAGAACCUGCAAGCUAAAGCGGCUUGUUCCUCAUCCCAACUCCUUCUUCAUGGAUGUCAAGUGCCCUGGAUGCUUCAAAAUCAGCUACGUCUUUUCACAUGCUCAGAGUGUUGUGCUCUGCAAAGGCUGUAGUAAUGUUUUGUGCCAGCCCACUGGAGGAAGAGCUCGCCUCACCGAUGGUUGCUCGUUUAGGAAGAAGCCUAUGUAAGGCCGAGUCCUGGACAUAGCCGCGCAUGUUCGGUGCUGAUAGUGCGAUGGCGGCGCUGCAGUUGCGUAAUGGCCGCUGCCGUCAUAGAUGUUGGACGUUCCGACUCUGUUGGUGGCUGGCUGGUAAGAUUAAAUUGUCCUCGUGCCGACCGUCUACUCAGCGUACUUUUUUGCACUCAUUGGUAUCCAAUACACGCGUGAAGUAA